AUGCGCCAUAGUCAUCCCAAGCUUCAGCGAUUGAGGCGAUGCACGUCUUUAGAAUGGGUCCACACUACUAACGACAACUCUGAUGAUAUUGAUGAUAACCGGAUGGUCAUUCGAGUAGGGGAAGAGUACGAAUUGGUCUGUAUACUGGAGGGUGAUCCUGAAGUACUUUGUGCAGUCUCGCAAUAUUUCCCCUCGAUGAAAGAGCAGUGCCAAUGCAAGAUGGUAGUCUACCAGCGAUUUCUUAUUGGUUAUGGCAAGGUAGCCGACAUCUACCUGAAGACUGGGCGACAAGACGUGUGGCUCGAAAUGCAGUGGUAUUACAGAAAGGUGGAUUUGGAAGAUGAGGAUGUCGAUCUUGCGAGAUGUGUGGGUGAAUAUGAGCUUGUUCUCAGUAAUCACACGUCUGUAGUAGAUAUACGUUGCGUCGAGGAUCAUGCGACCAUCUUGCCAUACAAUGAAGGUGAUCUCGAGCAGCCACAGAUACCUAUAAGGACACUGUACAAUCGAUGGACCAUUGACGUCGAGUUCUCAAAGCAUAGGAAUGUUGUUUAUAUGGAAGGGGUGAACGUUAGCAACUCUCAGAAUGCGUCAAACGAUACUGCAGGAAGUAUAAGAAGCAAUGUGAAGGCAGGCCUGCCAUCCAAUUUUCGUGAUAUCGACUUUGACCCACAGUUCAUGUCACUAUUGACCAUGCCAAUUCGACGAGGAGGAUCAUGUGGAAUAGUUGGGAAUGGAUCGCUCAUAGUACAGGCAAUCGCGCUGAUCGAGCAGGCGAGGACCCUUGGACGACUACCUGAUGGAUGGAAGGACAUUAUGCAGAAAGCAGUUCUGCCAGCAACGGAUGAGAUCAUUCCCAGAUACUAA